AUGAACAUGACACUUACUGAUGAAGCAGACCUGGAAGCUAAGUGGACUUACGACCCAGGUCAUAAUGUUUCCCGCCAGUUCUCAAGCGAUUGGGGUGGUAUUCUUGUCACUUCUGGCGACGAUAACGACAAUGAGAAAGACGAUUGGCACGGCGCCAUCUGCGUCUCUGAUGAUGAGGAAGAAAAAGAGUUUGUUCUUACCACCUACACUUACCGAGAUUCUAUCAACGGCCAUGACAGCGGUGGUUCGCCUCCCCCUGCUCCCAACUCGCCAACUGAUGCGGGAGACGCAGCAAUGUCUCCCAUGGAACGAGCAAGACUAGCCAUGUCCAAAAAGGAGCUUACCAAAAGUGCCCGUUCGCAGCAAAAGACAUCCCUGAAGCUUAAAUUGGACACGCUGACCUUUACCGGCCCCCCUUUGGAUAUAUAG